UGCUCUUGUUUUAGACGUAGCCGAAGCUAUUCUCCUAGAAGGAGGCGGAGCUUAUCAAGAUCUUAUACUCCUCCUGACAGACACAGAUACAACAGAAGUCGUUCAAGGUCUCCUCCUGAUCAUUACCAUAGACACAGGAGGUCUCCUUCGCCUCACAAGUCGUCAAGACGAUCACCAGAUAGAGAGAGAAGGAGGAGAGAAGAGAGAGGGAAAGAGAGAAAACACAAGAAAGAGAAAGAGAGAGAGAAAGAGAGAAAGAAGGAGAAGAAGAGAGCUGAGAAAGAGAAAGAGAAAGAAAAGAAGAAAAGCAAAAAGAAGUCAAGCAGUAAGAAGGAGAUGACUGAAGAGGAAGAACUUGAAAUAAAAGAAGCAAAUGAACUGAGAGAGAAACUAGGACUGAAACCAUUGAGAGUGUAAUAUGAUAGACACUGAGUUCAUUAUGACCAGCUAAUGACAGCUGCUGCUGUAUGUGCCAUGAAUGUUUAAGUCUUUUUUAUUAAUAAUUAGUGCUAGGCAGGCAGUAUUACCAAAAUUCA